CUCUUCAAUUAGGUCUCACUUCCCUUCUUCCUCUAACUAUAAACUCUCUCUCUCUCUCUCUCUCUCUCUCUCUCUAUUUUGACGCCACCACUCUGUUUCUUCUUCAUUCACAGUUUUUCGUCAAUCUCUUUCCUAAACUCUAGAAUCAGAGUAAAUUGCAAAGACCCUUUUCUCUUAUUCGUAGUUCUCUCUCUGGAAAAACCCAUUUUCGAUUUUCCCCAUCUAGUUUUUAUAUCCUUGUUCCAUCUCCUCUGUUUUACUCUGUUCUCUGAAACACAAACCUUGUUCUUAGUUAACCCCUUUCUUUCGUUGCUGUCUUCAACUGGGUUGAACUUGAAUUUGAUUGGCGUAAUGGGUUCUUCAAAGAAGCAUCAAUUGGACGGAGGAGGCAAAGAAUCACAGGGCAAGAAAUGGGCAAUUGCCGGGAUUUCAAUUCGUGGUCCAUUGAAAUCAAUAAAAACGAAGCAGAAGAUGAGAGAGUGUGACGACGAUGAUAGUGAUGAAUCGACAACCCCAACGGCAAAAGAAUCGAGGAUACCGGAGAGAUUGGCGUGCCCAGCGGCACCGAGGAAGAGCAGGCCUGUAUCAACCUGUCAUUACAAUGGUGAUAGUAGGAGGGAGUUCUUUACUCCUCCAGACUUGGAAUCAGUAUUUAUACGCCAUGUUGAGAGAGCUAAUUGAGUUGUUUGAGGACUUGGCUUGUUCUGUUGUUUUGUUUUUGUUUUUUGGGUUGCUCUGUUUUAGUAGUUGUAGUAGUAGUAGUAGCCUAGAGAGGAAAUGAUUUAAGUGUACAAAUAUAUGGGUAUUUAUGAAAUGGCUGGCUAGUUGAGUUGAGUA